AUGCUGCGACGUUUCCUGGCCCUCGCCGGCCCCUGCGCUGCAUUCGCCGAGGCGCGCUCCCCCGCUCUUCCAGCCGCCCAACCCCCCCCCGCAGUGCCCGCGCUCGCGACGUACGCGCCCGCCGCCACGCCGCUCUACCUCAUCGCCCGAGAUCAACAAUGCCCUGUUGACACACUCCCCUGCCCGGCCUCGCUGGGCGCAGCCUUCAAAGACAUAUGUUGUCAAAAAGGCCAGACGUGCGCUCUCGACGCCAGCAACAGUCCUGCCUGUUGCCCCUCCGGUGCCGUCUGCACCGGCGCGGCGCCAGCAUCUGCUCCUACAGGGGGUGCAACGGCGCCCGUGUCCUAUGUCGAGAACCCGUACUUCUCUUUCCCCUACGCGCCGACAACCUUCAGCAACAGCGCCUCGUGCGCCGCCGCCACCAGAGCCUGCUCGAGUAACUACAAAGCCUGCGUAACUGGACUGCAAGGCGCCGGAGGCUACGGAGUUACCAUCAACGUCCCUGGCGGCGGCGGGACUACUGUCCCGGGGGCAGCCAGCAACCUCGGCGCGUCCGCCACGCCCCUCUGUUCCAGUCUCAGCUCCAAGGCCUGCGCCAGACUGGAGGCGACAAAGUGCGACUCUUAUGGGAAGGACUCUGCUGCAUCCUCCGUCGGGCAGUCUCCGUCAGCCAUUCUUGUUGUGGCUGUCGGCGCACUCAGCAUGCUGGCAACAGCGCCGGGGCGGCUGUGGCCCUGA